AUGCGGAAACAGCUUCUUCACCUUCACCUCCAUGCCGUAAGUUCGGACGUCUGGGUUCAUAGAUCAUUACGCAUAAAAUGUUUGGUCGUAAGACAGCGUGAUUGGUUGCAAGGUUGCGGAAUCUCUCAAAGCGAAAAUGGAGCCUUGAAUCUCGCAAAAGGACAAUCGCAAUCCGUCUCGGACCGAGUCACUGGAGGAUCUGGUGUUCUAAGUCAGAGGAAAUAUCCCUGGAUGGCAUGGAUCGGAACGUCCGUCACUCCGCGCUCCUUCAAAUGCGGGGGAUCUCUCAUCAACGACCGGUAUGUCCUCACGGCUGCAAGCUGCAUCGACCCGAGCUUCAAAAAUUACUUCGUGACUCUAGGAGACUUCAACAGGUCGACGUUGUCCGACAGUCAUUCCAUUCAGAUUCAAGCCUCAGCCAUCGCUCAUCCUCAGUAUAACUCCAGUAACCGCAAUAACGACAUCGCCCUUCUGAAGCUCAAGAUUCCGGUGAACUUCAACGCCUUCCCACACAUCCGUCCUGUAUGUCUCUCUUCCACUGACAUCCCCACCACGGGACACACGAUCACUGUCGUCGGUUGGAGUAGCACCGGUGUCCCCUAUGCGAUUCCCGAGAAUGUGCUGAAGGAGGCUACGAUGAAGGUUGUCGGUCAUGCGACUUGCAAGGUCUCUUACCCAGUCCAAGCCACGAACAACACCAUCUGUGUUCAGCCUGAUGAUGAGAACUCCUGCAAAGGUGACUUCGGAAGCCCGUUGCUGUACCAGACUCCAUCCGGAUACUUCCUGGAAGUCGGCAUCAGCUCGUACGAUAAUGGGGAGUGUCUCCCGAGCACAGGGAUCACCGCCACCGUGGCAGCAGGUGGUGUCUGCAAAGGACAAUCCAAUACCCGUUUCUUCUUGGCAGUGGCUCAUUCUCCCGAAUCUCUUUCCAUUGCAGAUUACGUGGACAACUUCAUCAAGAACAACACCCAAGACGCCCAAUGGUGCCCGGCGCCUUGA